AUGACUAUGAGGUCGGGAUUUGGGGACAGGACUUCUGUUCCCAGUUUUCUUUUUUCUGGCUUUCUGGACGUAGUCAUUCUGUGUACAGUACUCAUUGGCGACAGAGAGGAGACAGAGGACACAGCUGAGGGAAGUCGACACCAUGUUUCCCGUACUUGGUCUAUUAUCGAAGGUCUGCGCCUUGAUAUCCUUCAUCCUCACUAUGCUGUGCCUGUUCGCGGGCUCGCAGAAGAAUUUCCUUCAGGAUGCCAGCGUUAUGACAAAAUUGCUCAAUCUAAGCUCAAUACCUCCGCGUCACAACCCACGGCGGCAAUCAAGGCUGCGAAAAGCAGUUCAGCCAGCGACUUGGGCUUACGGGACAUGUAUUCCGUAUACGUGCUGGCGUACUGCGAAGGGUACUUUGUCGACAACCAUCGCAACGUGACGAGCUGCUCCGAUCGUUCGGCCGUCUUCGCGUUCAACCCGGCCAAUGUGCUCUCGAACGAACUCAAAGCGGGUUUCAAUGUUUCCGACAUCAACUGGCCCGAUACGAUUACCGACGACUUUUCGGUCAUGGAGACCACCACCAAGGCCAUGUCGGUCCUAUACAUAAUGGGGGCAGGCGCGACAGGAAUCACGCUCCUCAUGGAGAUCUUACGAACGUCAGCUGGGGGGGAGACCAUCUAUGAUGGCACACCUCUUCUUCACGGUCCUCAGCUUUGUCUGCCUCGGAGUCUCCUCCUCGGUGGCGUCCGUGAUCGCCGUCCAAUUCGUCGACCUGAUUAA